AUGGCAAGCUCGGAAGCAUAUACCCACGCACAAUUCGGCAACACUUCGCCAAGAUCGAGUGCUCGGAUACUCCGGCGUGCUUCAACACAGAAGGACCAGAAAGCAGUUGAAGAGGUGGAUGUUGUUCAAGGACGUAUCUUAUGGCUUCCGCCAAAGGAAGAGCUUCCCGACCGUGCUGUACGAAGAGCUCACGGAAAGGGCGCUGUAGAAGAGGGAAUAUACAACCAUCCGAUAGUCGUUAUUUCCAGGCCGGCGGACGACAGGCAUACAGUCCACUUCCAUCUUAUCACAUCGUUCCAAGGCAAGCAGCUAAGCGAGAUAUACGGCAAGGCCAACGAGUUCCACGCGAGUCGUCGCUCAUGGUACCUUCCAAUAGCUCCAACGCCGGAUCACCCGGAUGCCACCUCCAAGAAGUCAAGGAAGAGAUUCCCGACUCUGGAUCUGGCUGGUGGCGCAACUCUCCGGUGGGACUCUUACGUGAACCUGAGGCACGUCUACCGGGUCGAUUGGUCGUACCUGAAGGUGUAUUAUAACCCAGAGGCACCGCAACUCCAGACGUAUCGCUUCGAGCGGGAAUCGAUGAUCCGACUGCUGGCAAAGAGCAAGGUUCUCACCAAUUAUGAAGCCGGACCUCAGCACCAGAGGCCGACGUCGGUGCGGGUACAGACGCAACAUCAUGUCCAUCGCGAGAUCAGGGAAGCGCAAUCGCCGAAAUCGGACACAUCUUCCGUCACUUCAGAAUACUCUGUCCUCACUCCAAUCCUUCAGUCGGAUUUUGGCGUAUCCAAGGAUGACGGCACGCGAGACAUUGAGCCACCGCCUAAAGCUCCACCGGACAAGAAAGAGGCGGGUAGGCGAAGCGUCAUUCGGUACAUCUUGCAUUGCGUCUUAUGGGUGCCGCUAUUAGUGGUAAAACGGGUUUGGUACUGGUUAGGUUGGUGUCGGAAUCCAGGAAGGCGGUGA